AUGGUGCGCAAGGACUCGUCGUCGUCCGAGAUGCGCUACACGUGCGACCAACCCGGAUGCACAAAGAGCUACUCCCGUCCCGACCAUCUUCUGCGCCACAAGCUCAACCACGACCAAGCGCGCGUCCUCUGUUGCAACCAGUGCGAUCGCACAUUUGUUCGUCAGGAUCUCCUCGUCCGUCAUCUUGAACGCCAUGCUCUCCGCGGCAAGACGCUCGGCAGAUGGUCCAACCGUCACAAGGAUGGCAACGACGAUGAUGCAGAAGACGCCUCCGGCUCGUCCCUCUCGCCCUCCAAGUCGGGGCCAUCGUCCCACAAGCGCCGCAAAUCUACCUCCGCUUCCGAUCGCCCCCGCGACAUGGAUUCGGACGAUGACGACGAUGAUGAAGACGAAGACGAACAGGAUCGUUUCCGACACGGCGGCAACGAUCCGUCCGCGUCACACGUGGGCUCGAGGCCCUCGAUUCAGUCUCGCUAUCGGGACGACCCUUCUCAGUCUCUGGCUCCGCCGCCGUCCAACCUCGCCGACCCUGCAAGCUCGUCCGCUUGGCCCUCUUUCGCUUCCGGUCCUUUAGCCUCGCCGCCUGCAUUGCCUCCGGCGCACGCAUCGGCGCAGAACGCGCCCACCGCCUCGUGGUCCUCCAACCCGCCCAUGUCGCCUCCGGCGCAGCGGCCCUCGGCUGCUUACUCCACCUCCGCUACUGGCUAUCGACCUCUUUCCCUACCGACUUCCGACCUAGCUAGGCAAUCUGCAAGCGAAUAUGCCGGCGCCGCCUCUUCACUCGCGCAACCGACUCCCUACGCCUCCUCUACUUAUCGCGACGACGCCUUAUGGACCGCCGAGCAUGGCCAUCAAAAUCUCCGUGCCGAUCCCAUUGUUGGCGCUGACGCUGUCGCAUCAACGCAGCCAAAUGCUUCAUUCCGAUGGAUGCCGACGCCAGCCGAUGCAUUAUCCAGCGAUCCCACCGCCGGCAGCUACGCACCACCUCCCUCCGCAUCCUACUUGACUGCCUGGACCGAUGCUGCGCCAGACGCAGCUCGAGACAUGCCGAUGCCCCUGGCUGAUCUCGACACCACCUCGGCCGUCCCUGCAUCCGCGCGACCCCCCUCCUCUCUGCCUCUUCCCAACCAGGACAUCUUUCCAUUUGCGCCACCCAACGUCGACCAUACCGCCGACUAUGGCUGGCUCUUUGACGGCGUCGAUCCCUUUGGCGGCUCCAAUUGGGGAGGCAGUAUCGGACGUCCUGCCACCAGCGGCAGCAACGCGCGCGGCCCGCACUCGCAGGCGUCCGCAUUCUCUCCCAGCAGCUCGGACGGUCUCGGUGGCUUCCUCGGCAACAUGCACGGCUCGCAGAACGGCGCCGCUUCCGCCGCUGGAGCCGGCGACGCGUCCAGCUUCGGCCGCGGUAUGAGCUCCGACGGCGUCCUCAUGUCCGGCAGCGAGGCAGAGACUCCCAACGCGCUCGAAGACCUCGCCUACUUUGCCAGCCUCCAAGCAGACAUCCCGAGCCGAAUCACGUUCCAUCUGGAUCCCGUCGCCCACCAUCGUCUCCUCAUCUUCUUGCAGUCCGUCAGCGAGCUGCCCAACUCGCCCCUCUUCACCCCGUCGGCGCUCAGGUGCUACAUCUACCUCUUCUUUGUCAAGUUCAACCGGCUCUAUCCGCUCAUCCACGAGCCCACCUUUGCCGCCAGCACCACCGACCCCAUGCUCCUGAGCGCCAUCGUCGUCAUCGGCGCGCACUUUGCGGGCCUCCCCGCGCACGAGCUCGCCGUCCGCAUCGCCCAGAAGAUAUGGGGUGCCGUGGUCAGUCUCGAGGACUUCCGCCCCGCCCGCGCCACGCUGCCCAUGCUCCAGGCGCUGGUGCUCACCGAGAGCUUUGGCAAGGUGAUGAGCACGCGUCCUCAGCACGAGAUGGCGCACCUCUUCCACAACUUCAUCAUCACUCUCGCCCGCCGCAACGCCGUCUUCAACGCAAGCACGCAAGGCCACACCCACUUUGAUGACUCUGAAGAGUCCUGGCGAAGCUGGGCGAGAGAGGAGGAGAAGAAACGCAUCGCCCUGUUCGAGUUCAUGCUCGACGCACAGCAUGCCACCAUCUUCCGACACAUUCCCUCCUUGUCUGCAUUCCAGAUCCAACUGCAGCUGCCGUGUAGCGACGAGGAAUGGAGCAAGACCACGCCCGACGCGUGGUACAGGCAUCGCAAACGUACCGGAUACAAGCCGCCGGGCCUGUUCAUCCCCGCCUUGAAGGCGUGUCUCAGCCCUGCAAAGACGCCGCAAGAACUCGACGCCUUCCCGCGAUUCGUGCUCUUGCACGGCCUCAUGAGCAUCGCCUACGAUCUUCAGUGGAAGCAGAAUGUGCUUUUGGGCGCGGAAACCUCGCCCGGCGGUAGCAGGACCAACGAGGCGGGUAUCGGCAACUGGAAGGACCGUCUCUCGGCAGCGUACUCGUCGCUUCAAGCCCGUAUGGACAUCGCCUAUAUCAAGGCGGACGAAGAGUCUAGCGCUCGUCUCAUUCACAGGGCGACUCCCAGCUUGGUGACGGCCGCCCAGAUCGCCUUGUUUGCUGACAUCAUCGACAUUCAGAUCUAUGCGGGUCUUCCCUCGGUGCUGGGCCGCUUCAUCGACCGAGCCACUUUCAACGCAUCCCGACGCUCGGUCAAGGAGUGGGCUCGGACUUCCGAUGGCCGCACAGCCGUGUGGUACGCCGUCAACUUCCUCCGUACGUCCUUGCUUGGCACCGGCACCGAGUCGUAUGGCACCAUCCAGACCCGCGGCGUUGGCGCUGCACCCUCAACAGAGGAAAGCCGCGACGCCGCAGCCCCUCCUCCUGGCCUGCGAGACCGGGAGAGCAAUGCCAACGCCAUCAGCGGUGCUGCGGGCCGGAAGGCUUUGGAUCACGAGUCAGGUCUGGACGAGGUGCUCCACCACCGGUGGUGUCAGUAUCUGUGCGCCCUUGUCGUGUGGGCGUACGGACAUGCGCUGACGAUUCCGCGCAACGGAGCCACUGCAGCCGACGCGGCUGCCGGUCUCGGACGUGCAGGGGCUAGCAGCACCGCACCGAGCACGCGACCGGGCUCGGCACACCGCAAUGGGAACUCGACGUUUGGCACAUCCGUCGCACACUCUCCAGGCGCGUUUCACGGCCAAGUGUCGGCGGAACGCACUCCUAUGGCCGGAGAUUCGGCCAACGGCGAGGCGUCAGUGGGACAGGCGGGCGGAGCCGCGCAGAAGCCCGAAGGCGUCGACUUUCUCGAGCGCAUGUCGACGAAGACGGCGGACGACAUCGCAUUUGUGGAUUGCAAAUGCUAUACACGCGCCGUUCUGGAGAUGGUGGAGCGGGAAGUGCGGGCCUCGCGAUGGGAGCUGGGCCGGGAAGCCUCGGGCGUGCUUCGCAAACUCAUCUCCAAUCACUCGCUGCCAGUCUGGGACCGAUCCAAGAACGCGGAUGCUACGGCCGGUACCGGCCAGCUCGAUCCUCGCAGGAACGACUUUUCGUCGUUGACCAUUCAGCAGCAUGCCAAACCGCAUCAGGUCAAAGACGACCCCGACGGGCGAGCAUGCGCAACGCAGAGAAGCACUUCCACUGCCACGCCACACGCGCGUGCUCUUGCCUCCAACGGAUCUUCCUCCGGGCCAGCCAAUUCGACCGGUGGAUCCCCUGCGGCCAAGAAAACCGCCUUGCCUGCGCGCGGACUCAUGCCGAGCCCCUCUGCCGCCGCUUCCCGUGCACCACACACGGUACCAUCGGGCGCCAAAGCAACCAGCGGCCCUUCGCCCGCUGCAGAUUAG